CCGUAAAUGUGUCACACCUGCAAAGAGGGGAUUAUAAUCCUGACAGCAGCCUUGUACAACACCUAUAAAAUCCCCCCCUGGCUAAUGCACCACAUGCUAACAAGGCAAACACAGAGCUUUAAUGAAGGCGAGCAGCAGAGUUAUGGUGCAGGUGCUGUUGUUGGCAUUGCUGGCUCAGGUCACUCUGUGCCAGCACUGGUCCUAUGGAUGGCUACCAGGUGGAAAGAGAAGCGUGGGAGAGCUGGAGGCAACCAUCAGGAUGAUGGGCACAGGGGGAGUGGUGUCUCUUCCUGAAGAGGCGAGUGCCCAAGCCCAGGAGAGGCUUAGGCCAUACAAUAUUGCUGAUGACUCCAGUCACUUUGACAGAAACAAAAGGUUGCUGAAUAAAUAAGGAGCGACAAAAAGAAGACAGACUGUAUUUUCAUCAACGCCAUGAACUGUCAACCCUUGCUUCAGAUUUUUGCUUUUUUAAACACAAAAAAUGUGUUUAU